AUGGGAAACUCAGUGGUCUCACAAAAUAAGCCAACCUUUAAUAAUGGGAAAGUUAUUCUAUGGGAUGGUUCAAUUCAGGAAUUGGAAAACCCCAUCACCGCGGCGGAGCUCAUGUUGGAACACCCUCAGCAAGCGGUGGUCGAGUUCCAAUCCGCCGUUACGGGAAAACGACCGACGCCGUUGCCGGCAGACAUGAAGCUGGAGACUAAGAAAAUGUACAUGAUGGUUCCGAUGAAGCGAGGGAGAAUGGCAGCUCUUUCUUCUGAGGAAAUCCACCGACUUCUUCUUGUGGCGAAUUCGGUUCUGAGAAGUGAUCGUUACUCAUCGGUGAAGUUUUUGCCUCUGUUUGCCAGAAUUUGCCCCGUGGAUUAUGGAGGAUCACUUGGGGUUUUGGUGCCGAAGAUCAAGGAAAAGAAGAAGAUGAUCGAUGGUAGUACUGGUGAUGAUCAGGAGAAUAAUAAGACAAAGUAUGUUCCUUUGGAAAGUUUGGAGGAGAGUACGCCGCCGGAGUAUUUGACGAGGCAGUUCUCUGGCAGGGGUUGGAAACCUAGUUUGGACACUAUUGAGGAGAAGGUAACGGUCGACAAGAAGAUCACUCAUUGGUUGUUUUAGAUUCUCUCUCUCUAUAUACAUAUAUUUAUAUCAUGGAUAUAAUAAGUUGAAUUGGUAAGUAUAUGUAAGAUACACAUAUAUUAAAAAAAAAUAGAGUAAUGGGUUUGAAUUAGAGUUUUUGUUUUCGUGAUAAUAUUUUGCAAAGCAAAGUAAAUUAAGGUACCCACACUAUUAGAGUGGACGUCUUUUAUCCGGAUUUUUAAGUUUUUUUUUUACGUAAUUUCACACUUAAAUGGAACUG